GUUAGUUAGUGUCACAGUGAUUUAUUAAGAACAUUUUUUAGAAGAAAAACAUCCUAGUUUUUCUUAUUUUGUGUGGGAAAUAUGAAAAUCAGUGCAUCUAAUAUUCUAUUUACUAAUUACGAUGAACCGCCCCAUCCAAGUGAAGCCAGCGGACAGUGAAAACCGCGGAGAUCGAAAGCUGUUCGUGGGUAUGCUCAGUAAGCAACAAACUGAAGAAGAUGUUCGACAGUUAUUCGCACCUUUCGGUACAAUAGAGGAGUGUACCAUUCUUAGAGGACCUGACGGAGCUAGUAAAGGUUGUGCUUUCGUGAAAUACAGCUCGCAUCAGGAAGCACAGGCGGCCAUUAAUAGCUUGCACGGCAGUCAAACUAUGCCGGGAGCUUCUUCCAGUUUAGUAGUAAAGUUUGCAGAUACUGAAAAAGAACGCCAACUUCGACGUAUGCAGCAGAUGGCAGGAAACAUGAGUCUUCUCAACCCCUUCGUGUUCAACCAGUUUGGGGCUUAUGGAGCCUACGCACAGCAACAAGCUGCUAUUAUGGCAGCGGCAACGGCACAAGGAACUUAUAUAAACCCAAUGGCUGCUAUCGCAACACAGUUACCACAUGCAAUCAACGAUCGGGACGUCGAGAACUACCCCUCGUAUAAAAUACAUGACGGUCAUGAUGGUCCUAUUCAUUUUGUAGAUGUACCUGUAGGAGCAGGUAACGGUCAACCUGUCAACGGCACAAUCCCAAGUUUACCUUCCCCCACUAUGCCAACGUUUAACAUGGCAGCGCAAACUCCUAAUGGCCAACCAGGCGGACAGGAGCAAGUUUAUACGAACGGAAUCCCUCCUCAAAGUUAUCAAGCACAUGCGCUACAUCUGUCCAUACCUGCACAAGGCUUGCCAAACGGUGAAGCAGCGAUACAACAUCCUGCAUAUCCUGGUAUGCAGCCUGCGUAUCCCGGAGUUGCUUAUCCCGCGGUUUAUGGUCAAUUCCCACAGGCUAUACCGCAACCAAUGUCGGCAGUAGCUCCAGCACAAAGAGAAGGUUGCUCAAUAUCAGGUCCUGAAGGAUGCAACCUUUUUAUAUACCACCUUCCACAAGAGUUUGGAGACGCAGAACUAAUGCAAAUGUUUCUUCCCUUUGGAAACGUCAUCAGUUCGAAAGUAUUCAUUGAUCGUGCCACAAAUCAGAGCAAAUGUUUUGGAUUUGUAUCUUUCGACAACCCAGCUAGUGCUCAAGCCGCUAUUCAAGCAAUGAACGGCUUUCAAAUAGGCAUGAAGCGACUAAAAGUGCAACUGAAGAGGCCCAAAGACGCCAGCAGGCCAUACUAACCUUCGGACUUAGAUAUGUG